GGUUUCGCCCAAAUCUUCCUUCCCAAUAGCUUUCUUCUCAAACUCUCCCGAUUCGUCACUGCAGCCAUGGAAAAUCAACCAGCGAAGAAGCUGCAGGAGAACAACAACCAUGAAGUGAUGAAGAACAAGCAACCGAUGGCUCUCUUGCUCUUGGGUUUGCCGUCACUGUCGAUCUCGGUCAUAUUCGAAAGUGGAGGAGGAAGAUUUGGUGGUGUACGUUGUGGUGGUCGACUCCCUCCUACUCGCGGCGACGGACUGAGAAGGAAGAAGCGAUUUGUGACGGCGAUGGUGGUUUCCAGCAAGUCUUCUUCGCUUCCUGAAUUUGAUUCCACCCAUUAAAUUGCCUUUCGGGAAUCUCUGGUUUUUAUUAGGUUUCCAGCUGCAUCAAUUCAAUUUGAUUUUUGGAAUCUCUCAUUUAGAUUAUUUCUUUCUUUUACUCCUUGUUCGAGCCUCCAACAUCACUGGACAUCAAUAUACCCUCCAGCAAAUCUUCACACGCAUGGCGUUCGCUCCAGCAACUCCGCCGACAAAGCCACCACCAUGGCAUGGACAAAGAACCAGAAGUAGGCUCGUGGUAAUGACGAAUCGAAUCUGUUCCCGCCGUCGACGCUGACGUGCAUAAUGGUGGGUUGGUUCUGAUCGGUGAAUGUCACGCAGCUAACGAGUAUGAUGAACCAUAAUUUUUUUUUAGAUUGGGGAAAGGGGGGAAGAGCCCGACGGGGUUAAAUAAGGGAAGUGGGUUUACGGAGAUCUGGCUGUACGGAGAUGCGCGCGAGCUUCGAUGGCUGGACGGCGACCCAACAACGACAAAUGUAUCGAUGGUGGCGCAGCACUUAUAAUUUUUUUUAUUUUUCUUUGGAUGCAGUGGGAGUUGGCAGAGAUGAAUAGAUGGCGGAGGGAGGUCGGGCGGGGGGGUGUGGUGGGUGGGUUUGGAAUGGCGGUGGAAGAGGGAGAAGGGGCGGAGAUGGGAGGAAGUUGAGGGGGUGGGUGGAAUGAUCGUGGAAGAGGGAGGAGGGGUGGAGGUGGGUGGAAUGGCGGUGGAAGAGGGAUGAGGGGCGGAGUGUGGGAAGAAGGGGAAGGGUCUGCGGCAGAGAAGCAAUUUUUUUAUUUUUUAUUAAUUUUUUAUCUGUAAAUAUUUAUAAGUAAAUAUGACGUGUCACUUGGUGCUGACUUGUCGAUGAUGUGUGCGCUGAAUUGGUGUCCUAAUCAGCAUAUUGCUAACCGAUCUGACGACGUCACUAACACCGUUAUAGUUUCAGACGGAAGUUGAUAGAUUUGUCACACAACCUUCUGAUUUUUAGAUAUUUCGUGUAUUUCGAUAGUUGUGGAUAUAUUUGUCACAAACGUGAUAGUUGUGGAUAUACAACUGUAUUUUGCCUUUAAAUUAUUAUAAAAAUAAUAAUAGUGCAACCUCAAAUAUUAAAAGGUUAAUAGUAAUUUAUGCUCUUCUACCAUUUUACGUUAACAAACAUGUCACCUAAUGAUUUUUUGCACUAUUUAGGUUUUCAAUUUUAUAUUUUUCUUUCAUUUUAUAAUUAUCUAAGAGAAAGGAAGGGGGAACAAAAACAUCACAAGUGGCUAGACAAAGAGUAGAUCGACAACUACUCAUUCAUCGAUAAUUGUUGAAGGACCAGAGAUUAGGGAAGGAUAUUAGGGAUUGAGAAGAUAAGGAGAGAAUUGAAAAUGGAAGUAGGAAAGACAAUUCUCUGUAUUAUAACAACUUCUCCCUUAUUCCAAAAUUCAUCAUGGACGACUGCGGUGCUUCUUGUCUCCAGUUUUGCCCAAAAUUCUUGUUGCCAUAAUCUUAUGUUUCAAGAACUUGUGUUCAAUUUUUUGUGAACUUGUGAUUCUAAUUUCGAUAAGCCUAUGUUUUUAUCUUCUAUGAAAUCAUGAAAUCUUUUACUUAUUGGUGAGGGUUAGCUAAUCUAUAAAUUAAUAAUUUAAUAUUAAGGCUACGUAAAAAAGUGCUAUAAAAUUAUUAUGAUAGCUUAAAAAGCAUAGGGGUAGGUAAGACCCUAAUGCAUGUCUAGUGCCUUCUUGAACCUUAGAUAUAAGUACUUGUUUCAUUGUUGGUAAUGAAAGUAUCAAAAAACA